CUGAGGGAAAAAUCCCGUUGCGAAAUCAAGCACGUAUGUUGUCAUUUUCGCAACGACCCGUUGUUAUAUUUUUCAACAACGGCUGUUGGUGAAUUGUGCACGAACGUGCUCAAAUUGACACCGAGACGUGGUCAACUUUCGGUACCAACAACAGCCGUGCUUAAUUUGUCCAUUUGUAAUAUUGGUAAUUGCAGCCGAUUACACACGAGUAAAAAAUGACAACGGUGGUGCAUGAUUCACACACGGUCGUUGUCAAUAUGACACCGGUCGUGUAUGAAUUAUGCACCACCACCUGCAUAAUGAUGCACCACCGUUGUUACUUUGUACACCGACGUGCAUGAAUCGUACACGAUCGUUGCCAUUUUAGCAACUACCGUGUAUGAAUCAUGCACCACCGUUGUCAUUUUUUUUACUCGUGUGCAAUCGGCUGCAUAUUUACCAUUUUUUCCGUGUUAUUGAAAGAGAAAGGACGCAUUGUGCAAAAAAUUUAUUGAAAAUGAAUAAUAAUUCGCAAGAUCCUCAAAAUAUCAUUGGUGAGUUGUUAGAAAUCGAUGGCAAUAUUGUUGUGGUUCGCGAUACAAACCAUUGCAGCAGUCAAGAUGCGGAAAACAAUGAGGACGAUUAUAUGUUAAGGGAGUUCUUAAAAGGAAUAAAUAUGGAGUCGCUUUUUGAACAAUUAAAAGCAUCACAUGUAACAUUUCGCAGCUUGCAGUACUUGAAAAAAGAAGAUUUAAAGGAAGCAGUGCCACCAUUGGGACUGCGUGUUGAAUUCAGAGAAAAGCUCUUUGCUUGGAAAAAACGAAAGCUCGGGAUUGAUGACGAAACUAUGUCAGUUCCAUCUAAAAUAGGUGAAUGGUGGAAACGCAACGAGACACCUGCAAGUACUCCUGGUACUCCCGACACUACAGGUUCGAACUGCUCAAAAGCCAAAGGAAUUUUGUCAGAGGAUCUAACGGAAUUGUUAACACAUACCUCGAAGGGGAAACUAGCGCUUGAAUGUAGUAGCGUUAAUAAGAAAUUAAGUGACGAGCAAAGAGAUGAUAUAAUUAAUAUAAUUAUUGAAGAUAUUUUAACCAACAAUGUUACUCUUUACACUCAAGACUAUAUGCGCAUAUUGGAUGAAAUUUGUUCCGUUUUUCCUCUUGAAAACGAAAUGAGGGAUUAUUAUUACAUUUCAAGAAAAGGAAAGAACAACGCAAGCGGAAAACUUUAUGCCAAGUAUAGAAACAAGAAGUCCAAAAGAAUAAAGCUUUUGAUUUCCGAGCCUAGCACAAGCAAAGCAGCAACUCACACAUCUCCUAAUUUUUGUAACAAAGAUGUUCCCGAAAUUGAUGAAUCAGUUGAAAAUUCAUUGAAAGCUUCCUUACUAAGAGAAUGUAAUGAUUGGGGAUCGAUCUGCGAAAAAUGGAAAAGAUCUUUUAACAUACGGCAAAGAGAUAUAAAAAAUUUAAGUAGCCAUACAUUUCUCCUUGAAUGGACGAAGUUGUCCGAUGCAAGAGCUUCAGAAUUGGUCAACAUUGAUUUCGAUAUUAUGUAUCCACAGAAAGGCAAUCUUCUACUUUCUAAAUGGGACCAAUUUAAGAAAAAAAUUUACAAUUAUUAUGGGAAAAAUAUUCAUAACGAACAUUGCAAACAACUCUUCGCAAAUGUUUUGACGGCAAGCAGCAUAGAUGCUCAAGAUUAUAUAUACGCAAUACUGUUGAAUUCAGUUUUACCAUCACCUGCUAGGUUUAAAUGUGGAAACGGUAAAUUACGAAAAAAAGUAACAAUAGCUGAUUCGCAGGAAAGUUUCGUACUGCGACUACCGACAAUUAACGAUUAUAAAAGGCAAAUUGAUACAGUCACUGAAAAGUAUUACAAUGCUGGAUUAACUAUACAGCCAUUUAUAAUUGUGGAGGGUUUGUCCGAUUUCAAUAUAAAAGGUUUUUAUGUUUUUUUUAACCACAAUUUGUUAAAAUUUCAAUCGUUCCUCGAAUGUUUAGAUACAUGUUUUAAAAUUUUUCAUGCACUUUCUUUAAAAUAUCCAAAUGCCUGCCAAAUUCCAUGGAUUUUUAUCCAAAAAUAUUUUUAUGAAAUUAAUACUGUAUAUGAUAUAAAAUCAGUUAAUUUGACUUCACUUAUUAAUUUCUGCAACAAUAAUUAAAGUACAAUUCAAAAUGUAUAUUUGCUUUCGUUGCCGUAAGCAUUUUGAUAAGGCAAAUCUUUUAAUAGCUCAUUUGAAAACAGACCAUUUAAUGUCCACUAAAUUUUUAAAAGUACAAUGCGUUCAGGACAACUGUAAGCAAACAUUUACAAAAUUUACGUCAUUCAGAAUUCAUUUAGAAAAACUUCACAAGAAUCACACAAAAGCUCCACCAAUGGUUAAAGCCAUUAAUGUGCCAGUUGAAAUGUCAUCAUCAAAAGAAAAUGAUUAUACAAACAGUGAAACUGUUAUUAACAACAAUACAAUAGAAAAGGAUUUAAAUGUUUUGAAAAAGAAAACCUUAUAUCUGUCUUUACAAUUACAUGGUCAAAGCUAUAUGCCUAGAAAUCAUGUUAUAGAAAUACAACAUUCUGUUUCAAUUCUGCUUUCAUCCAUUUCAUGUACAAUUGAAAAAUAUAUAACUGAUCAUCCAAAUUAUGAAGACUUAAGGUACUUACUAAACUUUUGUAAAAAUCCUUUCGAAGAAACUAGAACGGAAUAUAGACUUUUAAAAAUUUUAAAAGAACUAAACUUUUAUGAUGAUCCAAAGGUUUAUGUAAUUAGCAAUCAAGUCUCGGAAAUUGUUAUCAGCGGAAAUCCCAGUUUAGGUCCAAAGUUAUCCAAUAUUUAUAUAAUGCCACUGAAA